UGGGCCCAGACGAGACAGCGGAGAGCCUCCAUGGUGGAGCCCCACGGCUUUCUCUACCACCUGUACGAGGUGCUGGACUGCGUCUUUCCGGAGCUCAUGUGGGCGGCCGUCGGGCCGGAGGGCCAGCAGAAGAGCUUCUACCGUCGGCUGAAGGAGCGAGUCUCCUCCUUCUCCAGAGCCCUGCCGAGCCUGGCGGACGCCUGCUACCCCGGGACCGAGCUGCUGGCCCAGCACGUGCUCGAGGCUCUCUGGGAGGGCUCGGAGGCCCUUCUGGGUCCCUGCUGACUGGGGGGGGCCGAGCCCAGCCGAGCAGGGCGGGCCCUGCGCAAACUAAAGAGG